ACAAACCCUAAUUUGAGAAAUUUUGUUCAUUCAUCACUAUAAUCUUCUUUCGUUGGCAAGGUAUCACUGCAGGUAAAAUCCCUAAUUUUUUCUCUAUUUUUUCUCCUCAUGCAUUGUACUGUAUUUUGAAAGCGAAUCAAUGUUUUGAUUUCUUCUUGAAAUUGAACUCAGAAGACAAUGUGCAUUUCGUUAUAUUUCUUUGCUCUCCCCAAACAAAUUCCUUUCCCUCUGCUUUAACCAUUCGUCGUCGGCAAAUCUUCUUUUCUUCUCUAGUCAUCAUCAUCAUAUUCUAUGGUCUUAGAACCAUCAAAUCUCAUCCAAGCUUUCACCUUCCCCCUCAUCUUCGAUUUCUCCUUCCAUUUUCAAUUUUUCCUUUCAUCUUUAAUCUUUGAUUCAUGGUCACCGAAAGAGGCCAGAGGUGAGUGAAUGUCAAAAACAGUGAGGAUGUGCCCAAAUCUGUAGAUCGAUGAUGGUGGUGGUGACGAUAAUGCUAUCACCAUUCCCCUCAUCUUUGAUUUCUCCUUCCAUUUUCGAUUUUCCUUGUCAUCUUCGAUCUUUGAUUCAUGGCACCAGAGGAGGCCAGAGGUAAAACAGUGAGGAUGUGCCAGUGCCCAGAUCUGCAAAUUGGUCAUGAGCAAAAGAGUCAACUUGUCAUCAACAUGCAUUGGGUACCUGGGGGAUCUUCAAGUGGAUCUGCUGUUGCAGUAGCAGCAAAGCUUGUAGAUUUCUCCCUAGGAACUGAUACUGGAGGAAGUGUCAGAGUCCCUGCAUCUUAUUGUGGAAUUCUCGGGUUUCGGCCUUCACAUGAUGUUGUCCCUACCGCCGGAGUUACUCCUAUGGCACAGAGUUUUGAUACAGUAGGAUGGUUUGCUAGGGAUCCCUUGAUUUUGAGUCGCGUUGGGCAUGUUCUGCUGCAUUUGCCUAUGGUGGAUCCUAUCAAACCAAUCCAGGUUAUUAUUCCGGAGGAUUGUUUCUCCCUGUCAGGCAUUCCGAGCAGUCAAACAACUGAAGCUCUUAUAAAAUCAGUGAAGAAGCUCUUUGGGGAUCAUAUUGUAAAGCAUGUUAAACUAGGGGACUAUGUGAAGGAUAAAGUACCAAGCUUGCAAAAAUUCAUGAAUGUGGGAGAUGGAGAUCCUCUGUAUGAUAUAGCAUCACUGGCUGCUCUUUCAAGUGCAAGGAGCUUGCUCUUAAGGUAUGAAUUCAAGAAUAAUCAUGCUGAAUGGAUCUCUAGAGUGAAUCCUGAUUUAGGUCCAGGAAUAUCUGAAGGAGUAUGGGAAGCUGUUAGAACAACGGGAGAAAAUAUUGAUACUUGCCACUCUGUAAAGAUCGAGUUUUGUGCUGCUCUUUCUGCUCUCAUUGGGGUGAGCAUACCUUUAGGUAUGCACGAUAACCUUCCUGUGUCAAUCUCUUUGCUGGCCAGACAUGGUUCGGAUUCAUUCUUGUUGAAUCUUGUCGAGACUUUGUAUGAUACUCUCCAACAAGAAAGUGAAAUUGCUAAGAAAAUGAUUAGUUAAAUCCAGGCUGUAUCUCAUGUUAUACAGUAAGUUUCAUUUUGCUUUGAGAUAAUUUGAGUAAUGGUAUGUUCCUGAUGCUCUCUACGGCUUGAGUUAUUCCUGUUUGCAAUUAUAAAUUUAUAAUGCAUAA